AUGUUUAUUCUUUUUCUGAUUGUUUCUCUCAUCUCAUUGAUUAAUGCUACGUCUAUAGUAUCUCGCUCACAGUCUUACCCGCUAUCUCAGCCCGCUGUACAUGGCCCAAAAACCAGAAUAACCAUAGGUAAUAGAAUCAUCGCUCCCGAUGGCUUCAAUCGCUCAACAACUCUUGUUGAUGGCAUGUUUCCUGGACCUUUGAUUACAGCACAGAAGGGAGAUCACUUUGACAUUGAGGUAGUCAACAAGCUCAAGGACGAUUCGAUGUUCCUGGUUACCAGCGUCCACUGGCAUGGUAUCUACCAGAAUGGGACGAACUAUGCCGAUGAGCCGUCCUUCGUCACACAAUGCCCCAUCACACCGAACCACUCUUUUUUACAUUCUUUCUCUGCCCCGAGCCAAACAGGCACUUUCUGGUAUCACAGUCAUUAUUCUUGCGACGGUCUCAGGGGAGCCCUGGUAAUUUAUGAUCCUCUAGACCCUUUAAGAUUCAUGUACGAUGUCGACGAUGCAAGUACCGUGAUCACAAUUGCUGACUGGUAUCAUACUGUAGCCCCACAAUUGAUCGGCACAAUACCUGUUGCCCAGUCUAUACUCAUCAAUGGACUCGGUCGCUAUGCUGGCGGACCUGAGUCUGAGCUCGCUGUGAUCAAUGUCUUGCCGGGAAGUCGAUAUCGCUUACGCCUGGUUCAAAUGUCGUGCGACUCCAACGUCCAGUUCUCCAUCGACGGUCACAGCUUAACUGUCAUCGAGGCAGAUGGACAGCUGACAGAACCUCUGGUAGUAGACCAGCUCACGAUUUAUGCGGCUCAGCGCUACUCUGUGAUUCUAGUAGCCAAUCAGCCAGUGGAUAACUACUGGGUACGCGGUGUUCCUAACUCGGUUCAGACCUUCAACGGCUCUGCUAUCCUGCGCUACAUGGGCGCCCCAAAGGCUGAACCGACUACGGUCAAUGUUCCACCCACGAACCCAUUGCAAGAGGCAAACUUGCAUGCUCUAAUCGAUCCCGCUGCUCCUGGUAUUCCAGAGUACGGGAGGGCAGAUAUCAACCUCACCCUCGAGGUUAACCUCACCGGUGCAAACUUCUUUGUCAAUAAUUUCACAUUCAAGUCCCCCUCCGUUCCUGUUCUACUGCAAAUUCUCAGUGGAGCUCGAGAGCCUUCUCAGCUGCUCCCAAAUGGGAGUGUGUACGUUCUCGGGGCCAACAAAGUAGUAGAGCUGACGGUGGCAAUAAACGCUGCAGGUGGACCUCAUCCUAUACACCUUCAUGGGCAUUCAUUCAGUGUCGUGAAGAGCGCGGACAGCAGUACCUUCAAUUACGCGAACCCCGUUCGCCGCGAUGUGGCCAGCGCUGGGGUCGUUAACCAGUCCAUGGUGAUCCGAUGGGUGACCGACAAUUCUGGCCCCUGGUUCUUGCAUUGUCACAUUGACUGGCACCUUGAAGCCGGUCUUGCUGUGGUAAUGGCAGAAAGUCCCUCAGAUACUAGCGCACACGUGAGCCCCGUGCCAUAUGAAUGGGAUCGCUUAUGUCCAAUCUACGACCAUUACCCUCCCACGGUGCCUGAGGGAGGUUUGCAUCUUCAUUGA